CCCCAAUGGUAAGCGGUUGCGUGUACGACUCGAGCAAGGCCGGAGAAAGAUGGCGGCGCCCGUCCUGAGAGUGUCCACCCCUCGAUGGGAAAGAAUAGCCAGGCUCCUUGUUUGCGUCUUGGGUAUAUUGUUGUCCUUAUACGCCUUUCACGUGGAAACGGAAAAGUCUAGAGACUCGAAUUAUCGGGCCAUGUGCGACGUGAGCAAUUCUAUCAGCUGUUCAAAAGUCUUCACCUCCAGGUGGGGUCGAGGAUUUGGACUGUUGGGCUCCAUCUUCGGAAACGACAGUGCAAUGAACCAGCCAAACAGUGUCUACGGAAUUGUAUUUUAUGUCUUUCAACUGUUACUAGGUAAGACUUUGGUUUUCCCACAGGCACAUGCUAUUCAACCCCCUGGCUCAGAUGAGGCUAAAAGUCCGAGGCCUGACUGCCCCCUGGCUCAGAUGAGGCCUGACUGGCCCCCUGGCUCAGAUGGUGAUGCCUGA